AGAGGCGUGUCCAUGGACCAGUAUAAAGUCCAAGGAGAGCCACUCGUGUUGAGCCAUUCUCAGGAGCGAGUCCUUUACACUGCACACCGGCAAGAGGAGGAAACUGCAGCUGUUACUUAAAACGCUGCCUUUUGAUGACCUGCUUUGCAUUUGGACACUUGUAGACCAGAUUUUUUGGUGUUUCAUUUAGAGGGCGGGCGAGCCUCCGGACUCAAACUCGAAGAGAGAGCAAGACACACCUGAACACAGUGGUGGAUAUCCUUCCUGCAACUGUUCAUUUCAACAUAACAAAAACUAGUUCUUAUCACCACUACAUUCGCCAGCCGAGCAGAUCAAGAGCAGGCUCCAAUUUCUGCGCUGUGAAAUUGAAUCAGAGGAACAGAGAGGCAAUACAGCAGAGGCUUUGUAUCUCUGCAACUGAAACACUAACCAGCUGAAAAUAUCAAAGACUAUCCUGGACAAACCUCAAACCUCCCUUGCAGGUCUAAAAUCUGCUGUUGAAGUAGAAAGUGAUCAAAAGCUGCACAACACUCAGAGGAGAGGGAAGCCAAGGGGAGCAUAUACGCGGGCGAAGGACUGCGUGCAGGUGCCGGGGCUGCCAUGGUGCGUGGAGGUGGCGUGGCAGUAGCUCCGUCCUGCUGGGGCCUUUGGGCAUUUGGUGCCCUGUCGCUGGUGGCACUGUGCUUGUCGGACCAAGCCAUCCGUUGCCCGGUGUGCUCCGAGGAGAGGUUAGCCAGCUGUCGUCUGCCGGAUGGCUGUGAGGAGACUGUGCGGGAGCCCGGCUGUGGCUGUUGCCCCACCUGCGCCCUGCCAAAAGGGGCUCACUGUGGUGUCUACUCGCCCCGUUGUGGCACGGGCCUCCGCUGCUUCCCGCCACGUGGCGUAGAGAGGCCACUGCACUCACUGAUGCACGGCCAGGGGGUGUGCACUGAUGAGAGAGAGGUGGAGGACAACUCAGCAAUGGACAGGCAGGAUGAGAUCAUUCCUGACCACCCAAACAACAGCAAUAUCCGGUGCAGUCCACAGGACAAGCGUUGCAUACAGAAGACCCUGGCGAGACAUCCUCCAAAAUCCACAAAUCAGAGAAGCAACACCGCCAGGGAGGAGACCAAGGCAGCGCUGGCUCCAUGUCGUGCUGAGCUACAGAGAGCGCUGGACAGACUGGCGUCAAACAGCCGCACACAUGAUGAUCUCUUCACGAUCCCCAUACCCAACUGUGACAAGAACGGAGAUUUCCACCCUAAACAGUGUCAUCCCGCACGUGACGGACUGCGGGGAAAGUGCUGGUGUGUGGAUCAGAAGACGGGCAUGAGGCUGCCAGGCCCACUAGAGCUUCGAGGGGAUCUGGACUGCCACCAGUUAAUGACUGCUACGCUGAGAGAUUGAAGAGUGGAGAGGCAGUGAGGGUGCAGUACCAGCUGAAUUCAACUGCCGUUUAUUAGUAGAACUACACGAGGAAAGGACUUUGCUCUAAAGCCUCACUUCACCUGAGGCCAACGGUACUUGAGCCUGUACAACAAAAAGGAAACCAAUGAUUUGAGUUCUUUUGCUAUUUUGUUUGUGUGUGAGAGUAUGUGAGUCUUUUGAGCACUUGUUGUGUAUUGUUUCUACUAUGUGAACUUAAGACUGUUAAGUCUUAAGAUACAUGUGCUUUAAAGUUACAGGUGGCAGAAAAUAACCUUCCACAGAUAACAGUUGUAAUUGAGCAAAAUGUGUUGUUUUCCUGAGUCUAACAAUAGGGUUUUCUUGAAAAGUAUGAAAAUGCAUCAACAUACCAGAUAAUCAGACCUAAACUACAACAGGGUCUGUUAACAUUUGUUUUAAUCUCUCUGGAGCACUAGACCAGUUAGAAUUACUGCAUUAGGACUAUCCAGAAAGAUAAAUCAAAGGAUUGCAUACUAGUUUUUCACACAAUUUGCGGAAUUGGUUGUAACAUAUAGCUCUUAUUCUACUGCCCUAUAUGUCUUAAACCCCACCCAUCUGGUCAGAAGGUUAAAACAAAGCACAAAAAGUGUUUGCAAACACAAAGUCUAGUUCAGCAACAACACAAGAGUAGCAAUAAAAGAUUGGAUGACAACAGAUAAAAUGAAAAAAGAAACAGGGGAAACAAAGGAAUGCAACAAACCCCUGCUAUGAGUUACCAAAUGAUAAGCCAUAGCUUUUCACAACAUCAAGACCAAAGUGAAAAGGGAUUUAGUUUGAACAACUGUAUCUCUGAAAGGCCAGAAUGGAUGUGCUUCAUCUCCCGGCGGUUAACUCUGCUUGCUCUCUUUGCCGAAGAGCUCUCUCUAGCAUCGAGCUCCAGAGGGACUUGCAGCAUAGCGGGGCUAGAAACUCUGUACACUGCUGAUAGGAUAAUCUCAUUUCUCCAGCUGGUGCUAAAAUGCCAGUGUGUCUUUCAUGUUUGGAUGAAUAUGCUUCAACAUACAGGAUUUUUCUCCAAACAGACUGCUUGGCAGAACUUUGGUGGUGCUAUAUACUGAUUGUGCCAAAAUACAAAAAAAAAAAUUGUUGGGCAUUUUUUAGGAUUGUAACAGAAAACUGGGACUUUGAGGAAGUGGAGCAAUUAGCAUCAGCAAGUGCGAGGAUCACCUAAAUGUGUGACCAUCUGCACUAGCUAUUGGCAAAGGCUGCUUUCAAUGUGUGUUUUGAAUGUUAUUGUUAAAAUAUGAAAGAAACAUCCAACCUUGGUGCUGCACUAUCACUGCAGCUACAACUGGCUAAUUUGUUCAUUGGCCAGUGCUGUAAAUUGCAGAUGUGAUGUGUCUCAAAUAUACAAGCAGAGUGUCAUACGUUUGAAUGAUUAAGCUCCUAGCAGCAUAGCAACUCCUACUUAACAUGAAGCUUUGAAUGGAGGAGGUGCAGCAGUAAAGAUAGCAUAAUGAUUAUGUGGAAACCAGAAUUUCCUCUUUUAAUUUGACAAGUGUUCAGCGUUCAUAUCAUCUGUAGGGCAUCCCACUAAUAAGUAAAGGAGUGUUUUACCAGUGCAAAUGACGUAGCUACUCAUCAAAUAUUUUAGAUACUGUAGGCAAGACUGGCAAUUUUCUUAUAGCAGUUUGAUUGUAAAGCAUUGUGAGCAGAGCAGCAGGUUUAAGCUAGUGGUGGUGUUUGGACAGCCUGCUCUAUCUGUUCCAUGGGACACUUUGGUUAUAAAUGAUUCAAGCACAAAUUCAUCUUGUGUGGAUAUAGACGGCCAGUAUUAGUGUUGCUGUACCACGCAGAACAGCAUCAAUGUCAACCUAACAAAUCAUUGGUGUGUAGAUUACAGUGUAGUAAUGUCAGAUAUGUUGAAAAGAAGAAAAAAAAGAUAACAAGACAGCUACUCUCACACAGUUUUGGUUCUUUCUGUCUCCACACACUCAUAUUGCAUCCGGUGAGCUUUAAAUAGAACUAUUAGAGCACAACACUCUGAAGGGAGGUCCAUUCAGCUCCACACAGUUAUUAAAAAGUGCCAUGAAAACUAUUACUGUUAUCAUUAUUAUCAUGCAUUUUUCCAUAUUAAAUUCGGUCCAACUUUUUCUCCCCCUAAAAUGCAGAAGUAUAUGCAUAUAUAAAUAGUAGUGAGUGAGAAAAGUAAACUCCUGUAAUUGUGGUGCUAUUCUCAUUCGGUUAUCGUGCGAGGGAGAAGAACAUAAAACCUUCAGCUGUGAAAUGUAGUUGCUCUCACCCAGUAAUCUCAACACAGCAAAGUGAGGACAGUUAGAUACUGUAUGGGCCAGCCCAAUCCCAAAAUCAACAUCAGACUGAGGAUUUCUUUAACGUAUCUUCAGUAGAUCUUGAAGCUUCAUGAAGGUGACAUUUUGUAAAACAAUCUUUCUACUAAACUAAACUUAAGAACUUGAAUGGUGUGUUUUUAGUGCACUUUGUCAUUUUGCUUCAAAACUCACUUAAGAAAUUGGAAAAAAAAUAACUUAAAGAGAAUUACAAUUAAUUUGCAAUAGAUUCAUAUCCUAUAUGUUUAUUCAUUACAAACUAAACUAAUAGAAAUGAUCUAAGGAAACAAAACUACAUACUACAUACAAGAAACGUAAUCAUAUCACUGAAACCAGUGGUCAGUUUGCUGGAAACAAUGUAUUGCCACCUGAUGACCAAUUUUGCUUGUCACUACAAAAAGAAAUGUAUGCUAAGGUAGUUCACCAAAACACAGAGAGAUAGAUAGGAGAUGGUAUGGAUGGAGAAUCAUUGCUACAGCUUACAAUUGUCAAAAACCAAAUAUCAUAAAACUUGUUCCAAAGAUUACAAGCAUCUGGAGACAUCAAUAUUCAUUCAGUGAACUGCAUGCACAAACUCCUUCUAAUCAUUACCAUUAACUAAUAAAUUGUUACUAAACACAUUUCUCUAUUAAUGGUAACAUUUGAGAGAGUAAAUGGCAAAUGGUUUCGGCUUUGACAUUGUAAAGGCCUUCUAACUAUAAACUGUGUAUUUACGUAAACUAUAAUACGCUGCUUGAUCUCUAACCUUGCUGUAAUGAACUGUAAUUGCAUUUCUCGCGAAUAGACUGUCCCUGUUUGCCUUUGAUAUUAUCUAUUAACGUUCAGAAGAUAUGAAUUAAUGUUUGCAUGCAUACAAAUGGACCAGGGUUGGAAAUAUAAGUCUUGUGUAUAUUGUCCUGAACAAGACCACUGUAAUAAAACACCAUGUGUGAUGAAAGAACUGAAAUAUAGAGUUUCAACCAAUGAGACGAUCAGUUACAUUGUAAAUGUUGACCUGAUGAAAUUGUACACAUUGUAAUAAAUCAAUUAAAACACUUUAGAAACUA